UCAAUUGGAGCGAUAGAUGCCUCACUAAGUUGGGAUGGAGGAAUGUGUACUCCAGCUUCAGGGCACAAACUGGGUUGCAAUUGGGGAGCAAGCAGCUGCAGAACAAGCUCAACAACUUGAGGAGGCAAUUCCUCGGCUGGCGGGCCUUGCAAAACUCAUCUGGUUUAGGGCACGACACACAAACUGGUGGUGUGUCUGCUGAUGCCACGUAUUGGGAGCAGGACCAACAGGACACCCAGGCGAGGUCCCAGUCGAGUUCUGUGAAGCCUCCACCUUUCCUCAACGAGUUGUUUGAGUUGUUUGGCCACGAACCCCAAGACAGGGGCACCUUGCUGACGGCCGGAGGUAUACGUGAGGCGACACCUAGCAUGGGGACUGAGGGCAAUUUCGUGGACUUGGAGCAGGACCCCCCCUGCUAGUAGUGCUCGUGCCAGUGCUCGUGCCAUGUCGAAAAGGCCGGUCCGAGAAUUCUCUGUGGACAGUCCCACCAAAAAAAGAAGUGACAACUUGGAGCAGUACAUUAGGGAACUAUUUGAGAGUAUGGCCAAGAGGAGCCUGCUACGUGGGCCGAGUACCCAUGACCAAACCUCGCGUUGUAUUGAGAUCCUAAAAGAAGAUGGUAUAGAGGAGGGGUCGGAGCUUCACAACCAGGCUAUGUUUUUGUGUGGGCAGAGCGCGGAGUGUCGGUCGACGUUCAUGGGGUUGGGCACAAAAGAGGGCCGAAUGAGCUGGAUGAAAUUCUACUGGGACAUGACCCACAAGAAGUGAUGGUGCCAUGCUUGUUUAUUGUAGGGAUGUGUAUCUGAGAGUUUGGAAAGUUGCUUAGUUGCACUUGUGUUGAACAUUAUUGUUAGCUUCUGUAACUAGUAGUGAUCGUUGAACCUUUCUAUGGUAUUGAUCGUUGAACAUUUCUAUGU